AUGACUCUGGAGAAUACCCGAGAGAGUCCGAGAGUCGACGCGUUCCUUCACGGAGGAACGACGGUAUGGGACUUCGGUUUGCUGGAACGCAGCUCUCAAGUCUCAGCGGUGCUCGGAACGCACGCGACGAAGCUCAGACACGAAGAUCUUGGGCGCUUCGGCAACGAGCGAGAAAGGCUGGCUGCUCUCGUGAAGUUCAUGGAUGCAGUCACAAACCCAAAGACGGUUCGGGAAGCCAUGGUUUAUCGCCCGAUCCUGGUCGAUUGGGAAUGA